AUGGGUCUCACAUUCCAACUGAUACCAACUUUGUUCUGCCUGUUAACAUGUACUAGUGGUGUUGUCCACGGACAGAGAAGAAACUGCCGAAGCACGGUUAGAGAGAUCAUCCUCUCUGCGAGCUCUCUCACCACGAAAAAGUUUCUCUGCUCUGAGAUGGAAGUGCUAGACAUCUUUGAGGAUACAAAGAAUUCCAGUACUCGAAAGUUGUUACCUGAGAUGUCCUCAUGUUCUCAGCUGGCCAUGACAGUGAAUGACUUUGAAACACUAUGCAGAGCUGUCACUGUGCUUCAACAGGCCUCCAACAGCUGUCCAAGACAAGAGCUAAAGAAAAUGUGUAGAAACCUAAUGCAUUUAGUGAAUCAGACCAAAUGUCCUGUGAAUGAAACCAAGAUUACUAAAUUGCAAGAUUUCCUGAGCAAACUAAAAACCAUCAAUCAGAAGAUAUUUUCAAAAAGCACACAAUUUUAGAGAAUAAAUCUUAAUUUAUAAUUUUCUAAUAGUUAUAUAUUUUAAACAAUCUAUUUAUAUAUUUAUAAUGUAUAAUUAAAUAAAAUAUACAUUAAGGUUGA